UGACCUGUGGUCGAAGAGAAACCAUAUAAGUAAGAGAAGAUGAAGUCACACAGAACAGAGAAGCAGCAAAGUAACUUCAUUCUAUCACUGAGACGAUAACAUGGAUGAGCCAUUGACGACUCUAAUGACCACGGUCACUGAAUAUUAUACUGAAACUGGCACCACCGACGACGCAGACUAUGAUCAGGGGCUGACUAUAUCCUCUGGCAUGUGCAAAAAAGAUUGGGUCCGCGGGUUUCGUGGCCGGUACGAACCCCCUCUCUUCGGGAUCAUCUUCAUCCUCGGUGCCUUGGGUAACCUGAUGGUCGUGUGGAUCUACUCCACCGUGCGCAACCGUCUGAAGACCAUGACCGACGUGUACCUGCUGAACCUGGCUGUGGCCGACCUCCUCUUCCUGUGCAUGCUGCCCUUCUGGGCCGUCGACGCCGCCAAGGGCUGGGAGUUUGGCGUCAGCUUGUGCAAACUGGUGUCCAGCGUCUACAAGAUCAACUUAUUCAGCAGCAUGUUCCUGCUCACCUGCAUCAGCGUGGACCGCUACAUUGCCAUCGUGCAGGUCACCAAGGCCCAGAACCUGAAGAAGAAGAGGCUCUUCUACAGUAAACUCACCUGCUUGGCUGUCUGGUUUGUCUCCGCUCUCCUGGCCCUCCCUGAGUUCAUAUUUGCUCAGGUGAAGAAGGACCAAAGCGGCAUGUCCUUCUGCCAUCAGAUCUACUGGAACAACGAACACAACCGGACGAAGAUCCUGGUGCUGUCCCUGCAGAUCUGCAUGGGCUUCUGCCUCCCUCUUCUAGUGAUGGUCUUCUGUUACUCCGUCAUCAUACGCACGCUUCUGCAGGCCAAGAGCUUCGAGAAGCACAAGGCCCUGCGCGUCAUCUUUGUUGUGGUGCUUGUGUUCAUCCUCUCCCAGCUGCCUUACAACAGCCUGCUCAUCUUGGAGGCCAGGCAGGCAGCUAACACCACUGACAAUUGCGAAAUGCUAAUCAGUUUAGACGUGGCAGGGCAAGUCGCCAAGAGCCUGGCCUACACGCACGCCUGCCUCAACCCUUUCCUGUACGUCUUCGUUGGAGUCCGCUUCAGACAAGACCUCCUGAGGAUGGUGAAGAUGUGUGCCGGUGGUCUGAGAAAAGGAGGGUGGAGUAAAGCCAACGCAGUUCCCAAACGUCCCUCUGUCAUGUCCGACACUGACACUACCCCUGCCCUGUCCAUAUAAACCCACAUUCUCCUCCAGUUGUAGACACUCGAGCCUACAGUUCUGACAUGGUUAAGUUUUCCCAGCAUGCAUUACCUGCCACCAGAGCAACAACACAACGUUCAUCUCUGAAAGCAAAUGAGAGUUUAUGAUCAAUACUUUCUAUCACCGUCACCAGUGCUUUAAUAAUUGUAUAAACUGUACAUUAGUGUAAAUACUGUUUUCUUUUUUUGCAUUUGUUUUGUGAGUGUUUGUGUCUUUACAUUGAUUCCAUCAUGUGUUGGUUGUGUGCUGCUGUAACUGAAUUAAAAACCAUUAUACAUUUUACUUGAUUUUCAUGAACAAAAUAAUAAAAAAU